GCCUUUGAACGAUCAGCGACGACGGCGUUACUUUUGGCGCGGAUCAAGCAGCGACACUUUUUUUUCGUUGGCAGGCGCCUCCUGUCACCAAACAAACAAACAACCAACCAACCAACCAACCAAACAACUAAACAAACAAACAAGCAACAAACAAACCAUAAACAAACAUAAACAAGCCAACAAGCAGACAAGCUUAACAAACAACUGUGCAUUUUUGGUUCGAGUUUCCUUUAAUUUGAUCGCUUACAUUUCUUUUUUUGCCUGUGUUCCUUACAAAAAAUCAAUAUAUAUAUAGAAAAAAUAUUGCUAAAAAGAGAUAUAUAUAUAUAAUAUAAGCACAAACCCAGUGACAAUAAGAGCAGUCAAACAUUGAAAUUGUAACAAUCAGCAAACAUCAGCAAACAACAGCAAACAAAUCAGCCGACGGCCGAGUGAGAAAAGUGCAACGCCGACGGACUCGAAAAGAUACAGAUACGGAUAUCUGGGCGCUGGGCUAAUCCUUUCGCGAUUUUGCCCAUUUUGCUUUUUUUCUGAGUGCGUGUGUGCUUGUGCUGUGCUGUGCUUGCCAAUCCAUAUGUCCAUGUCCUUAAUGUCUUUUUCCCUUACCUCAAACCAGUGAGCCUGUUCUGCAACAAUAGCCAUAAAGAAUACAAUAUAAACAAAACAAAAUAUCGAAACGAUACGAAAACGAAAAACGAGACGAGACGAACCCAAAUAAAAACCCGAAACAAUUGUGAACCCAAGUGGCCGAGAAAUAAAAGGCAGUCGCCACGAAAAAAAGACACCAUCAUUGUGCGCCUCAAAUUGACAGCGGCAACUGCAGCAGCAACGACAACUGCAACUGCAACUGCAACUGCAGCAGCAACAACCGCAGCAGCAGCAGCAACAUCCACGGCAAAGAUGCUAACGGACAUGACCCCGACCGCCGGUCAGCUCUACGGAUCCCAGAUCCCAACCAUGGGCAUGAACAUCACCAACAUCGCCACACACUUGCAGAAGCCACAAGUUAAUCCGGACCAUCCCAGUUUGAGAGGAACUCCGCUGGCCAUGUUGGCCGCCCAGUGCAACAAGCUCUCCAACAAAUCCCCGCCCCCGCUGGCCGACGCCGCCGUGGGCAAGGGCUUCCAUCCGUGGAAGAAGAGUCCCAACUCCCCGGCAGCGGGAUCCAGUGGCUCCUCCGGCGGAGGAGGAGGCGGCGGCGGAGGAGGCGGUGGCCAGCACUCGCCCUGCGCCAUCUCAGCGGCCAGCUCGUCGAGCUCCAGCGGCUCCAGCGGAGGACAGUCCUCCAGGAGCCUCUCCUCCAGCGCCAGCACCAUGGUGAACAUCACAGCUAGCAUCUAUCCUUACAGUCGCCCCCUGGCCUCCUCCUGCGCGGCGGUGGGCGGGGGCUCGUCCGGCUCCUCCUCCUCCUCCGGCGCCUCCGGCUCCCAGUCCGCCUCCUCGGCCUCGGCGGUGGCGGCGGCGUACGGCGGGGACCUCUACUUCCCCAACGCCUCGUCCUCCAACAUGGACAACCAUCACAUGCACCAGGGUCUCCUCGGCAAGGUGGAGGCCGGUGCGGCCGCCUUUGGAGGCGUCUAUUCACGUCACCCCUACGACUGGCCCUUCAAUGCGGUCACCCACAAGGAGGCGGCCAGCGUGAACUCCGGCUGGUGGGACAUGCACAGUGCCGCCGGCUCCUGGCUGGACAUGGGUGGUGCCGGCAUGCACUCCACGAUGGCCAACUAUGCCAGCGAGAACUACAGCUCGGCCUUGAGUCACUCGCUGCUGGGAUCUGGCCAGCAUCUGCUGCAGGACACCUACAAGAGCAUGCUGCCGGGUCAGGGUGUGGGCGUGGGCGUUGGUGUGGGCGUGGGCGUGGGCAUGGGCGGCUUCUCACUGCCCCAUAGUUCACCAUCGGCGGCGGCGGCGGCGGCUGCAACGGCUGCGGCGGCCGCCGGUGGGUCACCCCAGGGUGGCUCACCGUCCACACCGUCACCGAGAUCACAGCGACGGUAUGCGGGCAGGGCCACCUGCGAUUGCCCCAAUUGUCAGGAGGCAGAGCGCCUGGGUCCCGCCGGCGUCCAUUUGCGCAAGAAGAACAUCCAUUCGUGUCACAUACCCGGAUGCGGCAAGGUGUACGGGAAGACAUCGCAUCUGAAGGCUCACCUGCGGUGGCACACCGGCGAGCGUCCCUUCGUGUGCAACUGGCUGUUCUGCGGCAAGCGUUUCACACGCUCCGACGAGCUGCAACGGCACUUGAGGACGCACACCGGCGAGAAGCGCUUUGCUUGCCCCGUGUGCAACAAGCGCUUUAUGCGCAGCGACCACCUGGCCAAGCACGUGAAGACGCACAAUGGCACGGCCAAUGGCCAUCAGGCCAAUGGGCUGAAGAAGGGCUCCUCGGAGUCGUGUAGCGACUCGGAGGAGGCCGCCAACCAGUCGGGCGAGUCCAACGGGCUGGGCGGCGUGGGCAGUGGCCCACAGACGGGCGGGGUCGGUGGCGGCGGGGGUGGCGCCAGUAAUGGUGGCAACAAUAAUAAUGUUGGCAUCUCUGGCACCGGCUCGGGAUCGGGGGCCACCGGAACGGGAUCGGGAGUGGGAGCUGGUGCGGGUGCAGGAGGUGGAGGCGGCGGCGGUGGCUCCUCCUCCGGCAGCUCCAAUUCCAAUUCCAAUUCCGGUGGCUCGAGCGGUUCCGUGUCCGGUUCCGGUUCGGGCAGCCAUCCCGGCACCCCGACCUCGCUGCACGCGCACAGCGCCAAUGGCACGUCCAGCAGCCUGCUGGGCGGCGGUCUGCACCUGGCCACGCCGCACCAGAUGGUCGCCGCGGGCGGUUCGCCGGUGAUGCUUCACCAGCAGCAGCAGCAUCAGCAACAGCAGCAGCAGCAGCAUCAGCAACAGCAGCAGCAACAGCAACACCUUCAGCAGCAACAUCAGCAACACCAUCAACAACAGCAACACCACCAGCAGCAGCACCAUCAGCAAUUCGGGCAGCAACAGCAUCCCCAUGCCCACCACCUGCACCACCAUGCCCACCACUCGCACCACCUGGCCACCGGUGGUUCGCCCGGUCUGGAUCCCAGCUCCCUGGUCGACAUCAAGCCACCCAUGGUUUGAGGAUCGCUGGGACCCUUCCUGUUCACCAACUAAAGCGACAGCGAAUGGGUUCCACACCUGCACACCAUAUAUAUAUAAAUAACGAUAUCAUUUUCGAUUCAAAAGCUAUCUUGCGGUUGUACAUAUAGCCAGCAGAUGUCUGUACAUAUUCAAACAAAACGAGAAAAGGAAAAGAAAAAAGAAAAAAGCCCGCUCUAUGUGUCUAUCGCGCUAAUCCCAGCACUAAACUAAAUAUAUAUAUAUAUAUAUAUAUAUAAAUAUUGCUUAUAGCCUAUUGUAGCCUAAGCCAUUUCUAGAAUAUCUAGUUGUCCCCUUUGACAGAGAGAGAGGAUUUUUUUUUUUUGAUUUUUUUUACUAGCCCUAUGGAUAUGUAAUUUUUUUUCGUAGGUCCUAAGCAUAUAUACGAUAUUAACCAAGAGACAAGCUUCGAGCACCCACAAAAAAAAAAAUAAAAAAUAAAAGAAAACAAUUAUGCAAUUCUAAACGAAGACACCUAAAUAUAUAAAAAUAUAAUAUAUAUAUAUAUGGAUAAUGAGCGGGGGAACAUCAUAAAUAUAUUUCUAGUCCAAUUAUGAAGUGUGAGCGAACCAAAAUUGUAAAAAAAAAAAAACGAGCAGGGGGGGUUUUACACUCUAGCCCUUGUAAAUUAGCAUAUGUCCCUCAAUUAUUUUUGCUAACCCAAUCUGACGAACGGAUCGACGAUCAAUACAAUCGAGGAUAUCUUAGACGCUAGUGCUUUAAUCGACCCAACUAAAACCCAAGCUAAACCUAAACUAAAUGUGUUUUGUUGUUUUAUUUGAACUUAGGCUUAGAGCAGAUACUUAGAUACUUAGCACACACACAUUCACACACACACACACGCACACACACACACACACAGCACGGAUGCAACAAGGACUUUGGCCAGUCCUCCGAAACGUAGGCCGCAUCAGCAAUUUAUCAUCUUCGAUUACUUUUUUUUGUCUAUGUAAAUUAAUUAUUUAAAAUACGAAUAAACUAUUUAAAUUUCAUUCAAAAUAAAUGUACAACAAAACGCU